CUUCGGUUUCGGCAUCUUCAUGCCCACAAUUCUUCGUGUUCCCGAAAGGCAGCGUAUCACAUAUAUAUUCACCGACUAGCUAUAUCUAUCAUCCUUCAUUCGGCAUACCCCGACUCUCUAAGCGAAACUUCCACUCCUGCUCUUACGCCUACAAGCAAGCUACUACUGUUGUUUCCUCGGCCACCAUGGAUCAGGACCCUAGGAAAGACAACCCGGUCGAGAUGGAUGUCGAUCGCGAUGAUAGUUCCCAGGACCCAGACGGCGAGGAGGAGUCGUUCGAGAGUACUCUUGACGAGCCCCUUGACUUGAAGGAACUCUAUCAAAAUGCUCUAGAGGAGCCAUCUGAGGAGCCAUCUAAAGAGCCAUCUGAAGAGCUAACCGAUCAAGUGUCAACCCCUGCUGCCUUGACCGCGAGGGCUUAUCAACUAGAAAUGUUCGAAGCAAGCCUCAAGCAGAACAUCAUCGUGGCUAUGGACACUGGCAGUGGCAAGACUCAGGUUGCCGUACUUCGCAUAGCCAGAGAGCUCGAACAAAGUGACAAACGAAUCUGGUUCCUGACGCCAACGGUCGCCCUGGCUCGCCAACAACACCAAGUUUUGCAAUCACAAAUACCUUCUGUCAAGGCUAUAAUGCUCUGUGGCCAGGAUGGGGUGGACAGCUGGUCUGAGCAGGCUGUCUGGGAUGCCGUCUUGCUCAACGUUCGUAUCGUGGUGUCAACAUACCAGAUCUUGUUCGAUGCAAAUGCCCACAGCUUCGUCCGCUUGGACUCCCUGAGCUUGAUUGUCAUCGAUGAAGCACACAAUUGCAGCGGGAGCCAUCCCAUUGCCAGACUGAUGACCGAGGCGUACCUCCCUGCAAAGAAGGCUGGUCUACCAGUCCCGAGCAUCCUCGGUCUUACGGCAAGCCCGCUGAAGUCAAAUAACCUCGCUGACAUUGAGAAGCUUGAACAAGUCCUUGAUGCAGUCUGUAGGACUCCUACAAUACAUCGAGAAGAGCUUCUUGCACACGUGAACCGCCCGGAGAUGCUCGUUGUUUCAUACGGCGACUCUAAGGGCCCUGGUACCGAGCCAACACCAACCGAUCUCAUGACAAGAUUCCUAGAAGCAUACCACAGGCUUGAUAUAAGCAAGGACCCAGAUGUCUUGUUGCUCAAAGCACAACGCACUGAACGGGCUAGGGAGAAGCUUCGUCAGAUGGUUACCAAGAAGGACACGCUCGCCCAGAAAGAAUUGAGAGGGGUUUACAACAGGGCCCUCCUUGUGCGUCGGGAAAUUGGGCCAUGGGCGGCGGACUAUUACCUCACAAGGACAGUUUCGCAUAUGUUGGCCGAACUGGAGCGCGGGGAACCUCCGGCCCAACACCGGUACAUAGGCGAGGCAUUACGAUCUAUCCCCAUUCCGGCUAUUUCAAAAGAGCCCAUCCAGCUCUCCCCAAAAGUCCAGACUUUGCUCAAAGUCCUUGCUUCCCAUCAACAGGACCCGGUUGGUAUUGUUUUUGUCAAGGAGAGGGUAAUGGUCAGCAUUGUGACGCAUAUCAUAUCCACCCAUCCGCUCACCAAGGACCGUUACCGCACUGCUUCCAUGAUUGGCACCGCUAGUGUGCCAGGAAAGGCGAGGAAUCACAUGGACAUGACCAAAAAGGAGGACAUGACAUCCCUCGAAGGAUUUCGCCGAGGCCGCUUCAAUCUACUUGUCGCAACGAGUGUCCUCGAGGAGGGCAUCGACGUUCCCAUUUGCAACCUCGUCAUUUGUUUUGACGAACCAUCAAACAUCAAAUCCUUUAUUCAGCGUCGCGGAAGGGCAAGAGAGGUAAGCUCCACUCUCUAUCUAAUGGUUCAAAACGCCUCUGGUGAGUCCGCAACGGACUGGCAUAAUCUGGAGCGGCUGAUGAAAGAGAGGUACGAGGACGAGAUGCGUCAAAACGCAGAACUCGAGUUGCUCGAUGAUCCGAGAAUUGGCAGUUAUCCGGUUCUGGAAGUCGAGAGUACUGGCGCUCGCAUGACUAUCAGAGAUGUCAGAUCCCAUCUCAAUCACUUUUGCGCAAAGGUCUCGUCAAGAUCCCGAUAUCUUCAGAAGGAACCGUACUUCGUCAUUCGUCAAGUCAGUCCGGACCCAGCAUCACCUGGUCGACGAACAUUGCUCCAGGCAACUGUUCAUCUGCCAGCAUCUCUUGCCCCUGAUUUACGUCGCCACGAAAGUCUUUGGACUUGGACGUCGGAGAAGCUUGCAAUUAUGGAUGCCUCAUUUCAGGCAUAUAAAGCUCUGUACAACGCAGGAUUAGUCAAUGAGAAUUUGCUGCCUACAAAGGUAUCUGACUUCCUGGCCGACCUUGGGGACGAUCCGGGUCAUAUUUGGGUCAAGACACAGUUCGACCCCUGGCCAGAGGUAGCUUAUGCCUGGCAAGAGAGUUCGUCCCUAUACAGUCGUCACCUGACAGUUCUGGUUCCAGGUGUAGAAAAACCCCUCGAAUUCGAGUUUAUACUUCCCGUGCCAGUUCCUCUCAUGGCACAUUUAAAGCUGUGGUGGAAUGCCACUUCUGCUUUAACGCUCAUCACCAGUCCAGAGAUGCAGGAAUUCCGCAAACAAGAAGGAGCCAGUGCUGGGCCAGACCAUUCAUAUGCUUUGCUCGCCAUGGCUUUUGCACAUCGAUUCCCAAUCCAGGGCAGGCAAUAUCCGAUUCGCCUUGUAUCAACCCAGAGGAAACUGGACGUCGACGGAAUUGCAGCUCUUGAGUUUGACCCUCGACUGUAUGAAAGCUCCCCUCAGCCUCCUCUUGUGAGGCUCGUAGACGGGAGGAACAUGCCCUAUUUCGUCACCGAGAUCUUGCCCUCCAAGCCACCGGUCGAACUCAUAUCCAAGCCAAGUACAGAUCAUGCAGACCUUCCAGAGAACGUUCCAUACGUGGUUUGCAAGCCCAUUGGCAAAGCCGUGGGUCAGUUCAUUCCACUUGAUGCAGCUCAAGAUCAGGACAGUUGGACUCCGAAGAAUGGAAAGCUGUACCGAAAGGUCCUUCCCUCCACACAGAUUCGGAUGGAUAACUUCCCGGCCGUGUUUGCUCAGGUGGGUGCAGUCAUCCCAGCUUUCACAAGGGCAGUGGAAAUGAGUUUAGUGGCCGCGGACCUGAUGUACAAUCGUCUGGGUUGUCUGCAACUUGAUAACUUGCCUCUCAUUACGACCGCACUCAUCAGCAGUGGGUCUCGAGGCCCGACCAACUACGAAAGAUUGGAGUUUAUCGGCGAUACAAUCUUAAAGUUCUGCGCCUGCCUCACUGCUUCGGCAUUAUUUCCAAACCACCAUGAACGGUUACUUUCCCAAUGGAAAGACAAGCUCGUGAACAACGUGCGACUCUGUCGGGCAUCUCGCGAUUUUGGCCUUGACGAGUACAUCAUCAACUCUGCGGCCUCGAAGAAGUGGCGGCCCAAGUUUGUCGAGGAUUAUCUGGAUGAGAUGAAGUCCCCGGAAUCGGCAGAAACCCGGCAGAUGAGCUCCAAGAUGGUAGCCGAUGUUGUAGAGUCCCUCAUCGGCGCCGCAUACAUGUGCGGGGGCAUGUCAAAGGCACUCGAGUGCGUCGCCCUCCUUCUCCCCACUCCCAAGUCCAGCCAGUUCAAGUGGCAGGAAAUUAGCCUUAGUCGUGCCCAGCUUUUUGAGUUUGCUCCCAAGGAUGCCAUCCUUUCCAAGCAAUUAGAGCCUCUAGAAAAGGCCAUGAGCUACACUUUUAACAAAAAGUCACUCCUAAUCGAGGCCAUGACGCACCCGUCCUGCGCAGGUCUCGGUACCAACGAAUCCUGCUACGAACGUCUCGAGUUCCUCGGCGACGCCAUCCUCGACGUCAUCGUCGUCAAGCGUCUCAUGGCCGAGACAGGCCCCAACGAGCUCGCGCACAACGACAUGCACGAGCACCUCUCCUCCGUCGUCACCGCCGACAUCAUGGCUUUCCUGGCCAUGGAAUGGGUCAUCAUGCAGACGGACAUCAACGAGAUCGACCCUACUAAUCUGGACGCGCUCGGCCUCCUUCCCUCAUCCCAAAGCAGGAUAACACCUGCGAGCCUAGUCUCCAACAAGGAGGAUUGGCCCUUCUGGCGGUUCAUGCGCCACAACUCGCCACAGGUCGGAGCCACCCAGACCGCCACCAUAGAACGCUACCUCGCCCUCAGAGACGACAUUCGCGAUGCGAUUUGGAAGCAGAACACGCUGCCGUGGGCCCUGCUGGCGCGCAUGGGCCCCCAGAAGUUCUACUCGGACAUUGUCGAAUCGCUCAUUGGAGCCGUGUGGGUCGACUCCGGCUCGUGGGAAGCAUGCGAGCACGUGCUGACCCAAAUGGGCCUCUUGCCUCUGCUGGAUCACUUACUUAAAACAAAGGCGCAUGUGAUGCAUCCCAAUGUCGAACUGCAGAUCCUGGCGCCCCCAAACAAGCGGGCGACGCGCACCGAGUUUGUGAUCAUCUCUAGCAAGAGGGGUAUCAUCAGUAGCGGGACGGAGUUUCAGGAUGAGCCGAGUGCCGUUGACGAUGGGCUGGUGUCGGUGGAGCCAUAUGAAGAUACUCCGGAACAUGACGAGGUGUUUUCGUGCAAGCUCUUUGUUGGAGGGAAGCAGGUGGCUGACGUGACGGGAGCGGCGACGAAGGAGGAGGCCAGGGUAAGGGCGGCGGAGAAGGGGUGUUUGGUGAUUAAGGCGGAAAGGAAGGCAUGGAACGCAGCGAAAGCUGCUGCUAAAGAGGAUAAGGGGCAUAACACGGAGAACGGAGACGCCAACGCGGAUGAUGGGCAGAGCGGGGAAAUGGAAGAGGUCUCUGAUCGCCGUGAUGCGGAUGGGGAUACAGUCAUGAACUAGAAGAGUCAAGGGACAGUCUCUACUCCAGUCACGGACAGGAAGACGGAUGAAGAGAUGGUGACGACUCAGUGUAUCUUCGCAAGUCUUUCGUUGAGGUAGGUUUCCCUGGAUUUAUCUGCGUUCUGGAUACUUUUGUAGCAGUUUGGCCUACCCUGACUUUCAAAGUCUUUGGAUAGCGGAUACCUCAGGUAUAGAAAGUGGCUUGGUUUUUGAAAU